AUGAAAGGAGUUUCAUUUUUUUUCAUUCUUCUGUUUCUGGAAGCUCAUGGAUCUUUUCUUGACGACUUUCGUAGCGCCAUAUCAAACAUAAACAAUGGUUUUGGAAAGUUAAUAGGUGAUGUUGUCACUGACGUAAAGGAUACCAUAUACUGUACCAUAUCAGCCGUUGAACAAGUGCUGGUCCAAAAUGGACUUCUUGAUAAACGGACAUUAUAUAACCAAAGAUGUAAGGGUAUAGAAAAACCAAAUGUGCAAACCAAUUUCCGAGACGGUCAUAACAGAGCUGUCUCUCAAAUUCGGAAACACUCAGUUAUUCAUCAUAAACACUCUACGAGGCGCAUUUCUCACGAAUCAGUCAAAACGGUUAAUAAAACAAUAAUUGACAUAGGUACCAACAUUUUAGGUAAUCAAAUGGACAUGAAAAAAGUUCCGACUACGGAUGAGGCUGAUCGAUUAUCCGAAAUAAGGAAAAUACUACAGCAGGAAUCGGAAAACAUAUCAGAAAACGUCAAAAAUGAAAUAAAAAAAUUACACUUGGAUAGUAAAACACCUGUUGAAUCUAUUUGGGAAGAGAUACAACUUUUAAACGACUUACGUCGAAACAGUAAGAACGAAACCGAAGUUAAGGAGAUAAGUCGGAUUUUAGAUAAAGUGACAGACGGGAUGCAUUCAAAAAUUGAUAGCCAAAAAAUACUAGAUACUCAUAAAUUAGAAGAACUUAAGAAAGUAGUUUUUCAAAAGAAAACAGAUAAUAAUGGGAAACUAAAUUCUUCAACAGAAAAACAAGAGCUAUCCAAAAAGUCUAAAGACAGCAUAGAUGUGGAGAAGUUAAAGAAGAACAAUAUUAAAGACGAGGUAAAUCAUAAAAGAGAUGGUAAUACGCAAAAAGAACAUAACCAAUCUCAAGAAAAAUCUAUAUUUAGCUUAGGUUUGGAAUCAUUAGGUUCGUUUUUUAAUUCAAUAUCUGCUAGUCCUGAUGAUGUAGAAAACGCUAAAAAAUUAAUAACAGAUAGUCAACAUUCUGACAAGGUAUUAAAUUAUUUCUUUAAUGUGCACUAA